AUCCCAGAACCUAUGGAUGUUCCCAAUCACAGAACCCAUGGCUGUUCCCAAUACCAGAACCUAUGGAUGUUCCCAUGGCAAGAACAUCUGCAGCAAUACCGGUGGAAGCAACAUGGGUCAAGUCACUUACUGUAUCUUAAGUGUUGCCUGUUGCAUUCUGGUGAUAACGCAAAAUUGUGUACAAGGGGAACCAUUUAAGCCAAUUUUAGAAAGAUAUACGGACGAUCCGAUGGAUGUUGAUAUGGUCGGUGGCAUGGUAUAUUUAAUUUGCAAUAAUUCAUCAAAUGCAAAACAAUUCUAUUUGAGAAAAAAUGGAAGUGAUGAUAUUAUUAAAGAACAGUCCACUCCAAUAUUUAUAAUGACACACUUAAGCAAAAGUGACAAUGGACUCUACACCUGCCAAUACAAAACCACUUCUGAAUUAUCAGAGCUCAGCGAUCCUGUUUACCUAUAUGUGAACGAAAGAUACCCCCCACCAACAAUCACUGCUGAACCACAGAGCAUUGUCCGGACUGGACAGGAUGUCACUAUAAUGUGCAAUUCUUCAUAUCCAAACGUCAUUUUUACCCUAUUCAAGGGUGAUUCUCAAGUAGUGGAAAAGACCGCCAAUCCAUUCAUCCAUGUUAUACACAAUAUGACUACGGAGCAUACUGGGCAGUAUUUUUGUAGUUACAAGAAGUUAAACAUCCAGUCGGACUUCAGCUCUCCACUUCUGAUUGGUGUUAAAGACCUCCAAAAACCUUCACUCAUUUGGGAGCCCUAUGAUGAAGAAAAACUGAAUAUCAGCUGCACGGCACCAGAGAUGGCAAAAAGGAUGUGGUUCCGGUUACUCAAUGAAAGCAAAGAUGUGAUAGAUGAAAGAAAAAACGUCAAACAAAAUCAAGUAGAUUUCUUCGUACCACACCUCGAGCAGUCUUACGCCAUAUAUUACUGUAUGUAUCGCAUACGGAUAGGAGGUAACUUUGCUGAUUCUCUCAUCAGUGAUGCAGCUGUCAUUAUGGAAGCAAUGUUCCCUCCACCAACAAUCACUGCUGAACCACAGAGCACUGUCUAUCCGGGACAGAAUGUCACUAUAAUGUGCACUUCUCCAUAUCCAAACAUCGUUUUUACCCUUUUCAAGGGUGAUGCUGUAAUAGAAGAAAAUGACAACAAUCCCUUGAUCUAUGUUAUACACAAUGCAAAAAAGGAGCAUGCUGGGUUGUAUUCUUGUUGGUAUACAAAGUUUCAGAUCCAGUCAGAUUUAAGCUCUCCACUGAGUAUUGAUCUUAUAGACUAUACGACGUUAAAUAUUAUCCGAAUCCUACUAUCAAUAUUAAUCCUAGUUCUCAUGACGGCUAUUGUUGUGAAACAUUUUAAAAGUUCUCGGGGAAGAAAAUCCCGUCCUCCCAGACUACCAGCCCACCGGAAAAACCUGGCAGUAGAGUCUGACUAUACUAUGAUGGAGGUUAUGAAGAUUGAAGAUACGCAGGAGAAUUCCACUGCAUUGACAGUACAAACAGAUUGCAGGGAGAAAUCAUGUGAUGAAAAGGAAGCUAAGGAGGUAAUGGUAGAGGUUAUGCCGAUAGAGAAUUCUGAUUCAUUAGAAAAAAGCUUGGACCUGACCCCACCAACCACUACAGUCUAUGCUACGAUAAAUAAGGUGAUCGAUGCUGACGAGCAGAAAACCUGCCUGUAAUUGUUUCCCGAGACACAAGUCACUUCAGCUUCAAGAAGAAAUGAAGGGUUAUGGUUCCCAGAAUAUGUAACUGAAGUCUAAGGACAAUUACAAACUCUCCAGUGGCUUUAUCUGUAUGAACUAACAAAAAUCUGUAUUUCAGGUGUGUGGCUUCUCUGAUGUCUGUAAAAUAUAGAAUCUGCAUAUACUUACUGUAUAUUAUAUCCCAUACUACAUUGUAUACUCUCUAUGGUGUCAGUAUCACCAAGACCACUAAUAUAUAAAUCCUAAUCUCCAUUGUGGAGGUCGUCUGGACAAUCAUAACCUUUCCUAACAGUAUCUGUAUUCCUCUCCAUGGGUAUGUCCACAUGGCAGAAUUUCCACAAUUCUGCACAAAUUCCGUUUAGCAAAGCUUAUUUGUCUGGACAGAUAACGGAAACUCUAUAUAGAUAACAUCCAAUUGGAUGACAGUGGUGCUCUGUUAUAAGUAAUAAUUCCACAUGGAGAAAAAUAUCUGAAGUGAUGGCACUCACCAUCCGUAGAGCUCAAACAAUUCCUUUAUUAAUGUCAAGUCCAAGCUAGACUAUGCAGGGGGCCUGGGCCCCAGAUGUUUUAGGACCCUAACAACACCCCUACCUAUAAGUUGCAUUUUAAUUGCCACAACCACAUCACAACUUGGUUACAAAGUUGUUUGAACAUUUUUCACAUGGGGAGGAAAUGGUAAAGCCUGGUUUGUGCUAUC